AUGUUGUCGUGUUCGUCCAGUUGUUACGAUAUGGAUUUCAAGACAAAUCGUGAUAUUGUAGCGGAUUGCAUCGAGCACUGUAACAAGCCCGUGAGGAACAUAUCAAAUUUUAUGCAAAAUGAACUCGACACUUUACAGUGUUUGUGUGAAUUUCAGGCCCAGUUGAAUCGUUGUGCGUUAACCUGUUAUGAUAAGGCUUAUCAGAAAUACGGCCCAGAUCCAGCCACCUAUAAUGCAACGGAGAAAAAAGCAUACAAUAAGCAAAUUGAAAGGUUUGUAACUUUCGUCGGAUUACCUCUGCACGUGAAACAAAGGCAUGCUUGUGAAGUUAAUUUACCGAAUUCUAGAAUUAAAAUUGUGAAGCGAGAACAUGAUUGUAACAAUUUCAGCUGUAUCUGUGCAUGCGUGGAUGAUCACAUCAAACUACUUCCAAAUAUACGAAAACGGAUAGUGGAUACGAUCAAGCGAGAGAAGGAAUGA